AUGUGCGCAUGGACAGCAUCACCGCAAGUCCAAACGUGCACCACAGAAUCUCCAAUCGUGACGAAUGCCGGAGACACAUCCACAGAUGACGAGUUGCCGGCCAUUUCCACUUUAUACUGGCACGAAGGAAGCGGCAUCGGAUCCGACGGCAAAAGAGACGGUUUCUGUGAACUGAACACACAGUUCGUUACUUUAGCAGAAGCACACACAUUGAACUCAAAAAUGAGAAAUUCCAUCCAGAAAUCGAGUUUUCUGUCGAUCUUGUCGAAGAGAGAUCGUCGACGUGAGCCUUCUCCGAUUCGUGUUUCGCUGGAUGAGGAACCGAUCAGUCUUGAAGAUGACGAUGACCUUGUGACCUCUUGCCGAGGUGAGCGAUCACCCGUUAUCCGGAUCUCCAUCUCACAACCUCACCCAGUCCCGUCCUCGUUGAUCGCCAUGAAAACAACCCUGAUUAUCAUUAUUUCUGCACUGUUCACCGGUUCUGUACAGGAUAUCAUAGGCGUACCAACAAUCAAAUGCUCCCCUGAAGGUGUUCAAGCUUUCGUGAACCUAUCAGACCCAUUCACAGGACACAUGUACCUGAAGGGGUUCUACGGCCGAGAGGGAUGUCAUCGCGACUUUCGAAAGGCUCCAAUGCCUAGCACUCAUUCAAAAACACACUCUGCCGAGGCGGAGUUCAGAUUCGAUGCCUGUCCUAUGCGGAGGAAAAGACAGAUAAAUCCACGUGGUUUGAUCAUGUCUGGCAUAAUGGUGGUUUCCCAUCACAGCACGCUUCUCACUUAUCGUGAUCGUGCAUAUCGUGUCGAGUGCUACUACAGAGAAGACAACAAUGUCGUUCAGACUGAGAUGCGCGUGAAUUCACAGAAACCGUCUCUUUUGCCGUCGGAUCCGAUGCCGCUUCCUUCGUGCCAGUAUAAAGUGGAAAUGGCCGGCAACUCGUCAUCUGUGGAUGUGUCUCCGGCAUUCGUCACGAUUGGAGAUUCUGUGGUGCACGUUUGGACUUGCGGUGAUGCUGUCCAUGCGCACAUUUAUUGUAUGCAGGUGCAUUCAUGCGUUGCAGACGACGGAGCAAACGAAAAAGUUACUGUUAUUGACGCUAACGGAUGCUCGACGGAUUCGGAUCUACUGAGUGCUCUAAAUUAUCCAACCCCCCUUAGAGCAUUCGCUCGUUCGCGUGUUUUCAAAUUUGCCGAUAAGAGCGACAUCAACUUUGCCUGUCAAGUGCGGUUAACGAUGAAACAGGACGCAGUGAAUGGAACUUGUCCGAAGCCAGAGUGUUCUCCUCGAAAAAGGAGAUCUGCCGAUUCCAAUCCUACAUCUCGUCUUCCUGAUUUCGACGUCGUGGCGCCACCAAUGACGGUGGUCGAGCGAAGAAGAGUUGAGCUCUCAGAAGCAGAAAGAGGUACUAUUUAG